ACUAUUUUUUCUUGCUGGGUGCUCUUCGGCAGGUUGGUGUUGGUAUGUGCAUGGAAGGAAUAGAACACAAUCCAGUCGUCUAUGAGCUGAUGUCCGAAAUGGCAUUUAGAGGGGAUAAUUUUCAACUUCAGGGAUGGUUGAAAUCCUAUUCUCACAGACGUUAUGGUAAAGUGAACGAUCAAAUUGAAGCUGCUUGGGACAUCCUUUAUCAUACAAUUUACAACUGCACUGAUGGAAUAGCUGAUCACAACACAGACUACAUUGUGGAAUUCCCUGACUGGGACCCCUCAGGGAAGACGGGAACUGAUAUCUCGGGGACUGAUAGUUCCAGUCAGAAUCGGAUGCAAAAACUUGCAGGGUUCCAGUUGAACAGACGGUUCCUUUUCUUUGAAAAGAGCUCCAGUCUACCAAAGCCUCACCUAUGGUAUUCUACAGAGGAUGUCAUCAAGGCAUUAAAGCUAUUCAUUGAUGCAGGAAAAGAACUUUCUGGAAGCCUCACGUAUAGGUAAAGGCUGAUUCUGACUUUCACA